CUGAAACGUCCUGUACGUACAUACACACAUGUCCACGUUCGUGACUUAUAAUGCCAUGUGUACAGAAAAUCUUCGGAUAACAGUUAUCAUUAAAAGUGCAACAAGUUUUCUGUUCUGAACGGAACACAUUAUUUUGACAGAAGCGUUUGUGUAUAAGCAGUAUAACCCGUAACGUUUGUUUACAUAAACGGAUACAUCAGAAUUUGGAGCAGUCUCAUACGGGACUUCAAAACAAAAUACGGAGCACAUGUUCGUUAUUUAAAUGAUCUUACUGAAAACGUCCGAAAUCGAGCAUGGUAAAUGAGCGUCUUAAAAGAUCAAGAUCCCGACUACGGGCCCUCCGUUGCAAACGACGAGAAUCAUCAACGAAUUUACGAAGAGAACGCAAGAAGUAAUACUGCAAAAAAGAUAACAGCCAUUAUCGAAAAGGAAUUUUCGCAAGAAAUAAAUGCAAAAGAGAAAGAGGUUUUAGAGAUACAGGAAAGAUUGCACAGAGCAUCGAAAGCUCUGCACUUUUUACGUUACGUUAUUGUUGCUGAUUUCUAUAAUCGCAAGCAAUGUCAUAACUCACAAAACGGGGAAGGACGGCAAACUCAAAUUCAUCCGGCGAUAAAACAAUUGAUCGGUAAAUCACCAAAAAUAUAUGACACUUCGUUAGUUGCAACAUCAGCCGAGUGCCCUUUGAAUACAGUCGAUGGUUUAGCAUUGAAAUCAAAAGAGUCUGAGAAAGAAGUCUCUGAAGAUUGUCCUUUAAAAAAAAGGAACAAUGAAACGGACGAAGAAUCACGACCGAAAAAGAUACCGCGAUAUAUUCCACCGAAAUGUGGAGUCCCAGAGUCUCCUUAUCCAUCAAGAGGUAUUAGGCACAAGGUCAGGAAACGUAUAAUCAUUGGAAAUAUUUCGAAAUGGAUUCCACCGGAAUGGAGAGAGGACGCGGCCAGUCACAAAUGGACAAUGUACGUUCGAGGGAACAAGGACAAUCCUGAUAUCGAUGAUUUCGUCAGCAAAGUCAGAUUCUUUUUACAUCCUAGCUACAGGCCUAACGAUGUUGUGGAAGUUACAACACCGCCAUUUUGUCUAUCAAGACGCGGCUGGGGCGAAUUCCCGCUGAGAGUACAAUUACAUUUUAAAAGUGCCCUGAAUAAACCAAUGGACAUAAUUCAUCAUUUAAAGUUAGACCGUACUUAUACUGGUCUGCAAACUUUAGGAUCUGAAACUCUGGUCGAUAUAUGGAUCUACACAGAUCCUCGAAGUACCAAACGAAACACAGACAGAGGCAGCGUUCAGACUUUCGAUGAGAUCGGAUCUCGAGUCGAAACGCAUUUCGACGACAGCUGUAAGAUAAAGGUAGAAAGCGUCGGGCACUCCGAUUCCGCGCUCGAUUUUACGAAUAAUUGUGAAAAUGCAUCCGGUACGGCAAGUAAAAACUCUGCUGUACUUAUUAAACAAGAAUCUUCGCAGGAGACCGACGACGAAUGUUUAACGAGUUCCGAACGACAGCGAUUUUACGUCGAUCUUGAUCAUGAUUAUUGUGGUUCAAUAUACUUGAAUCGUUUCGAAGGAAACUUAACUAUCGAUCACUUAUCGGUUUCCCCAAAACUAGUCGAUUCAUCGGUGGAUGAGGUUCCGAAAGAAUACCUCGAGAACAGCAAUGAAAAACAGACUGAACCGAUUAUGAAUACAGACUCGAAUAGAAUACAAAAAAAAGAAGAAACAAGCCUAAAUGAUUCUCCAUUGUUAAGUGAAUUUGACACAUGCAAGAUAAAAGCUCUUCCAUCUUCGUGUUCGAAACUACGAUCCAAUCUUUGUCCCUUGGAAAUCUCUAUUCCGCCAUUAUUCGAAUCAUCGAGCAAGCACGUUUUGGUUCUCCAAAAUAACGAAACAAUCUCUGUGGACAUUACGAUUCCACGUAGCGAUGAUCAGGCUUAUAAACAUAACACAAGUCUAUCACAACAGAAAGUAAAUUCAGCCCCUUCACGUGGUAUCAGUUUGUUGAAGAAGCCUCCAGGUUCAGGGCCGAAUAGAGCUGAAACUCAGCAAAAACUCAAACUUCAGCUUUCUAAGAAUGUUCUCCUGAAUGUAAAUUCCAAUAUACCAGCUUUGAAAAUAGUUGAAAGACGAAAUCCACAAAAUGAUCACCCUGCUAAUCCUCAGAAGAGGUUUGGACCCGAGGAACAUGCACUGACAUGGAGUAAUCAAGAAGAAUUAAAGGAAUUGAAACUGCAACCACGGCAGAAAAUUACUUUGGGUAAAGAUAAGCACAAACUUCAAAGUAAAAAGGAAUUCUGCGAUCAAGUCUUCCGUGCAAUCGAUGCUGCGAAGAUCGGAGACAUUGAAAGUCUGCUGAGAUUCAUUGUCAGAAGAAUGCCGAUUAUUACUAGAGAUGCUUCUGACUCAGAUUACAGGCAACUUCAUCCUUAUGCAUGCAUAUCCGAGAAAGAGUUCUUUGAAUAUAACGUUGCGAAACGAACUGCUUGUGAAUGGAGUCGAGCAAAGAUUAUUCAAAAUUUGUUGAAGAAGAAAUUAUUCCCAAUGGAAGAAUUAUGGACCGUUAAAGAAAUAAUGAUCUGGGCUCGAUUACACGGGUAUACGCCUUGCUCCUCUGAUUUUGUCGGUCAGACGAUGAAACAAAAGAAUUUACCUGAUUCCACAAUUAUGAAAAGCACUUCCACGUGCACGGAACCUGAUGCUUUCUGUAAGUGGCUACAAGUUUGUCCAGGUCGUUCGUACGAUCAUCGGUUUGAUUGUAAUUCGGAACAGUCGAACGAAAACGACGUCGAAGUGGAUAUUAUGAAUGAAAUACCAUGUGAAAAUAAAAAUGCAACUGUAAGAGAGGUAAAAGAUAACACGAGUCUUUCGGACGCUAAGGUCGCUGUGUUAGAAAUGGAAAUGAAGUCGAUAUCGUUUUACGACUUUGUUUGCGAAACAGCAAGAGAAAUAGGUAUUAAAUUAAAUCCUGAAGAGAUUCUGCCUAGUGUGGUGGAUGGUGCAGCUGGUCGAAUGAUAAUGAAAGCGGUCGAAUGCCUUGUAGAUGAUUUGGUCAGAAUGUCGUUGGCAAAAGCUUGGGAAAGAUACGAUAAUGGACAUCCGAAGGUAAUCAUUUUGGACGAUGUACGUGGAGCCCUUCUGAAUCGCGAAGAAUUCGAUAUCUUCACGAAUCAAGGAUUAGGAUCAAAGUAUCGACUGGCGUCGACGGAUUAAUUAAAAGAUACAUAAGACGUAGAAGUCUAAAUACAAUUAAAGGAACAAAAACUGUUUCUACUAAACUGAAAUAAUAACUUUUGCUUGAAUAAUACGCUCCAGUACAGUUCCGAAAACAGAAGCCUCGUACAUGUACAAAUUUAUAAUGAUUAAUAAAACAUAUAAAGUUUUGUAUGCAUAGGAACUCAAGUUUCCUCAAAUACUGAACUAUUAACCACUUUUUUCUCGUCUUUAUACGUAGUCGAAAUAACAUUUACUCGGUUUGAUCUACGUUGCAAAAUAAAAGUUUUACGAUAUUCUCGAAAUAAAAAAAAAAGAA